CGCGCCCUGGACCCCAGACCCCCCCAGCAUGGCCGUCUGGCGCCCCGCUUCGCUCCUGGCCUGCCUUGCCUUAGUGACGUUAUGCCAAGGGGGCUGCGUGGAGGUGGACUCGCAUACGGAAGCCGUGCUGGGCCAUACCUUCAAGAUCAUAUGUAUCUCUUGCAAGAAGCGGAGCGAGACGGUGGCCGUGGCCUUCACCGAGUGGUUUUUCAAGGAGCAGGGAACGGAUGAGCUCGUCAAGAUCCUUCACUAUGACAACGAAAACAAGCUAGAAGUGGUGGACGAGCGCUUCGAGGGUCUGGUUGUAUGGAACGGCACCAAGAAAGUGCCGGAUUUACAGGACGUGUCCAUUUUCAUACUUAACGUGAGCUACAGUCACGCGGGCGAGUAUGUCUGCACCGUCAACCGCACGCUGAACUUUGGGGAUAUGUUCUUCCACAACGUCUUGGUCAACAAGACGAUUCAUGUCGGGGUGGUGGACAAGGCAAACCGGGACAUGGCGUCCAUCGUCUCCGAGAUCAUGAUGUACGUUCUCAUCGUGGUCCUGACCAUCUGGCUGGUAGCGGAGAUGGUCUAUUGCUACAAGAAGAUCGCUGCGGCAACGGAAGCGGCUGCCCAGGAGAAUGCCUCUGAGUAUGUAGCCAUAACGUCAGAAAGCAAGGAAAACUGUACAGGGGUGCAGGUAGCAGAAUAGCCAUGCAGGACCGUCAGUGGAUACAGGGAUGCCCGGUUGGCAGGAAUGAGGCUUUGACAGAGAGCAGAGGAGGGGGCGAGUGACUCAGCAGAAGCAUUGGCGGUCCCUGAGAAGAGCUGAUCUGGAGCCAAGCAGCCUCAAA